AUGCCCAGAAAUGACGUUGAAGAAUACGAGACUGCUGAAGUAUUUAAACCCCGCGUUGGAGGCGUCGACGACGACUUUCAAGUGCAGACAUCAUGGAAACUGAUCGCCGGACUAGUCUCCCUCCCCAAGAUGAAGGUUCUUGAAACCCUCCUCUGCGCCGCUGCGUUGAUGCCUUUUGCGACUGCGGAUUGGCAAUUCAAGUCUCGCACUGACUUGGCACCGCCUCGUCUGAAUAUCACCAUACCAGCCACUAAGGAUGUGGAGAAAGGGUAUCUCUUUGUCGCUCCAUUCCCUGGACAAUUCGUUGAUCCAGAACAUCAUGGUCCGCGCCAGGAGGGCCCGUACAUCUUUCGUGAUGACGGUGAGCUCGUCUGGUCUGGAUAUACAUACUUCUCUAUCUGGGCUGCAAACUUUCACAAAGGAGUGUGGAAGGGUCAAGAUGUCUUGUAUAGCUUCGAGGGUGAUCAUAACCCAGCGUAUGGACAUGGUCAUGGCCAUGCGACGAUCCUGGAUCAUCAUUAUGAAACUAUUCGGGAAUUGCGUGCUGGAAACCACAAGCUAAUGGACAAGCAUGAACUUCAUUCUGUUGAUGGGAAGACUGCCUUAAUUCAAAUCUAUCAGCCGAUUCCCAUUGAUCUGAGUCGUUGGGGUGGAAGCCCGGAGCAGCAGUGGGUUGUUGAUGCGAUAUUUCAAGAAUUGGAUAUUGAAACCGGCGAGCUCCUCUUUGAGUGGUCCAGCCUGGAACAUGUUACACCAGAUGAGGCCGUUCUCCCCUUGAACCCAGGUCAAGCAGGCGCUGGAUGGAAUUCUUCAGAUGCUUGGGACUAUUUCCAUAUCAACUCUGUGGACAAGGACGCAUCUGGUGAUUAUUUGAUCUCUGCACGCGAUGCCUGUGCUGUUCACAAGAUUAACGGGAAAACCGGCGAGAUCAUUUGGCGCCUGGGUGGUCUCAAGUCAGACUUUGAACUUGGACCCAAUGUCGCAUUCUGCUUCCAACACCAUGCCCGUUUCAUCUCCCAAGAUGGAGACGAAGAGAUUAUUUCACUUUUUGAUAACUCUGCUCAUGGUACGGAGAAUCAUCGUGGACAUGAAGUUCACACCCACCCAUUCUCGCAAGGUAAAAUCAUAUCAGUCAACACUGCGACCUGGACUGCGGAGAUCGUCCAAGCCUUCCAGCCCCCAGAUGGACUACUGGCUAAAUCCCAAGGCAGCACACAGAUCUUGCCUAACGGUAAUGCACUGGUCAACUGGGGCUCCGAGGGUGCGAUGACCGAAUUCAAGCCUGAUGGUACUCCCAUCUUCCACGCAUAUAUGGAUUCGGGUUUGCUUGGUGAAGGUGUUGAGAACUAUCGUGCCUUUCGCUUCAACUGGACCGGACUCCCCAAUGAAGAACCUUCUCUUGUUGCGUACAAAACCCCUUCCGGUACCGCACUUUUUGUGUCUUGGAAUGGUGAUACUGGAACAUCCGCUUGGCGUUUCUACUCUGUAACCGACCGAUAUGGGUCGCGGUCAUUCCUCGGUGAAGCUGUCCGCAGUGGUUUCGAAACUUCCUUGCUUUUGUCUGGUCAUACCUAUAAUCACAUUAUUGCUGAGGCUAUUUCCACCUGGGGUAGUAUCCUUCGCACUCCUCGAGCCACUCGGGUUCAAGAUCAGUUGUUCCCGCUUAUCCCUAGCGCUGAGGUCAUUGCGCCGGGCUUGGCCGACCGGUCAUCUUGGAAGCAAAUGGUGAUGCAAGCAUAA